UGAGGUUAUGAAACGAGCCUGUGUCACAGCUAAGUCCCACCCAUCUGCUGUGCUGCUGAGAUAGGCCACCCAUGAUUUCAUCCUGGGGAGAUGGGGGCGACUGAUGUAGCCCGCACCAUUGCCAUCCAGCUGCUCCAGAGACAUUUGCAGCUUCUGCUUUAUCUGUCAGGGUAAUGUCAUACUUGAGCCUAAGUUAUGGAAAACUGUGAUGUGGUGAAUACUGCACAAGAAAUCCCUUCAACUUCUGCAGACUCUGAUGUCAGAAAUACCCACAGCUCUGUCUGUAAUUUGAAUAGUAGCAGAAGUCCCUCAUCCAAUCCCAAUGGAGUUUCUGGUUACUCAGGGAAUACCAGGUCCUCAUUAAUACCUGGUUCUGUUGAGCUGCUUGCCUCCUUUAUGCAAGAUAUCCAGAACAUUGGAAAUGCUGACUCAGAAAUUGUGAAGAACUGUGAGACAAGGUGGCUACAGUUAUUGAGGCUGGUAGAAAAACAAUGUCAGGAACAAAUAGUUGCCCAGCAAGAGCAGUUCCAACAUCAAAUCCAACUGAUUCAGGAUGAGAUAAGGCUGUUAGUGAAAUUGCAGACCAGCAGUUGGGGUGCCAGCAAGAGCAGAAGUUUGCCUGCCAAGCUUACAGACACUUUUUCAUCACUAGAAAGUCAAAUGGGGAUGCGUUCUGAAGUCUUUGAAGAAAAUGAGUGCAUUGUCAACCAACUUAGAUCUAAUGAAGCAGAAAGUCAGCCAAAUGCAUGUGAUCUGCAUCAGGAAUGUUUUGCAAAUGAUGCUUCAAUGAAUAGUGGGUAUGGUACACUUUCUGCCUCCGAGCUGAACCCUAGCAAAUCAGACGACAUUAACAACUGCACAGACUACACGGACAAAACUUCACAAGAACAGGGUGAUGCAGCAGUAUUGCAGAGUGACACAGCUGUAGCCAGUGUUCAAAAUAAAACAGAACUUAUCCCCCCAAAAAUAGAGGAAAUUUUUCAUCAUAAAAUUGAUGAAGCUCAAUGUGGAAAAAAAAACAGUAAAUCUUUAACAUCAUGGGCACAGAAGUUGAAACAAAACCAACCAAAAAGAAUAAAUGCUGAAAAAGUAUGUGUGAACUCUAUGCAAGAAAAUGAGCAAACAAAGAAAUUGCCGCUUGAGAAUACAAACCUUACUGAUGCUGCUUUGCCCCCUUAUACUUUUUACCUCAAUCAACCGAACGAAAGUCCGAAUUCCUUAGUGUCUGAAGCAUCAGGACUUUCAUACUGGAAAUUAGAUGAAAAAGAGAUGUAUCACUCUUUACCAGAGAAUUUCAGAAGUGAGUUCGCUGAUAUUUUCUCCACAGAAGCAUCACCAGAUCAGUUGUCUUCUGCUGAUGAAACGAAGUUGUCAUCAUUGAAGGAUAUUUAUCAUAAAAGACAAAGGGAAAAUAAGCAGCUGCCAGACCAGAAUUUUAUGCCUUCUUCCCAGUCAAGUCACCCACCAGAGAUCUUGACUUUGGACCCAACCUUGCAUAUGAAACCAGGUCAGCAGAACCCAGGAUGCUGUUUUUUCAAUAUUCCUGAAGAGACUACUCCUUUUUCUCCAGACUCUAUGGCAGAGCCCAGAUUUUCAAGUCAUUGUGACACAGACUCUUUUUCACAGACAAGUAAUUCAUCUCAGUUAGAUGAUUCUCCAAAAUAUCCUGCCAGUAGCAGAGCUGUGCGUUUGGACCUCUGGGGAAAUCAUCCAUUCCAAAAUGAAAACAAGACCAGCUGUCCUUUUCCAAUGGCAUAUAUGGAUGCUAAUAAUGAUAAUUUAGUCAACACGGAGGAGGAAGAAACACUGACUCUAACUCCAUCUUCUAUUACUCAGUGUGCUGACAACAGUUUGCCAGAAUGUAGUCUUUCAGUGAAAUCUGUUGAAGAUCCUGUGAUAAUGUCAAAAAUCAGGCAGAACUUGAGGGAAAAACAUGCUCGACACAUAGCAGAUCUGCGAGCUUACUAUGACUCUGAGAUACAUAGCUUAAAACAGCAACUAGAGGCAAGCCAUAGAACUGCUGCAUCUGAAGACUUGAAGAAAAUCAAUCAAAAUCUUGCUGAGAGGUGUGACCAACUAGAUGCAGCUCUGAAUGAAGCGAGCGCUCGCAUAAAGGCCCUUGAAAAUAAGAAUAAUAUGCUAGAAAAGCAAGUGACAGAUUGGAGAGAACGCUUUUAUGCAGUCAGUAAUACUUCCAAAGUUUUGCAAGAACGUAUUGAAGAAAUGCGCACCAAUAAUAAAGAGAAAGAUAACACUAUCAGUCGACUAAAAUCAAGGCUUAAAGAUCUAGAGGAAGCGUUUGAAAAGGCUUACAAGUUAUCUGAUAAUAAAAAUACAAGGUUAAAGGAAGAAAAUAAAAUGUUUCAAAAUCUUUUAGGAGAGUACGAGUCCCUUGGAAAAGAACAUGAAAGAGUAAAGGAUACAUUAAAUGCAACUGAAAACAAAUUGCUUGAUGCAAACACACAGAUUUCUGAUCUGAAAAGGACAAUUUCAAAACUUGAAGCUCAGCUCAAGCAAGUAGAACAUGAAAAUAUGUUGAAACUUCGCCAUAUUACUGAAAGUCAUUUAAGAACCUCUUGUGCCAACAAGUUGGCAACUCCUGAUGUCAGCAGGCGAAAGUGGUUGAUACCAGGAGCAGAGUAUUCGAUCUUCACUGGCCAGCCUUUGGAAGUCCAGGAAAGCCCAAAAGAUAACAGAUUAGAAGAAAGCUAUAUUCCAUCUAGGCACCAUUCUCCUCCUGAAAAAGACUCCUCACAAGACGACUCUUCAACAAACACAACAGAAAAGAAAGAAAAUGAGAUGUCAGAAGCACCAAUUAUAAAAGCCUUUAAAGAACUUGAAGAAGGAAAAGCAUUUAAAGAUUGGGGUACACAAACAGAAAAAGAAGACACAUCAACUAAAACAUCAAAUCGACGUCAAACUGUUGGGUUUGUUGAAACUUCUUUAGUUGCUAACCGAUCCCCAGAGAAAGGUAAAGACCAACACAGACCGAAACGGUACAGCUCCCCUUCUGGCCAGAGGUCAUCGUCCCUUCCUCCCUCAAACAGGAAGUCAAAUACUCCAACAAGAAGAGAGAUAAUGUUGGCACCAGUGUCUGUAACAUACAGCCCAAAACGAUCUCCGAAAGAAAACCUCUCUCCUGGAUUUAGCCAUUUGCUUAGUAAAAAUGAAAACACAGUCACAAGAUUUGAUAUACUUCUAGAUGACCUAGAAACUGGUCCUACAUCCACUUUACAGCACAAUAAUCCAAGAAAAAGGCUCCAGUUUCUCUCACUAGAUGAUGCAGAAGGAAGGCAGCAUUCAGGUGUCAGACACAGCUCUUGUGCUGAAUCCGUCAAUACUGGAAUGAAGAAAGCGACAGCUUGGGAUGAGAGGAGCACAGCACAAAAAUAUGAGCCAGUGCUGUCACCUUGUGAGGGAGACUUCAAGUACGCAGCAAGGAUUAAGACUCUGGCUGAAACAGAGAGGCUUUUUGAUGAGCUGACUCAAGAAAAGCAACAGAUUGAGGCUGCAUUGAGUCGAAUACCUUGUUCUGGUGGAAGAAUGACCUUGCAAGCAAGAUUAAAUCAGGAAGCCCUGGAAGAUCGCUUGGAAAGGAUUAAUCGAGAUUUGGGGUCAAUACGCAUGACUCUGAAAAGAUUUCAUGUUUUACAUACCUCUGCAAAUCUUUGAUAACUCUAUCUUGAAUGCAAAUAUGCUUUUUUUUUUUUGCACUAAUGUGUAAUUAUGCACUCAGUAAAUGCAAAUUGUUUUGUAUUUUUAUAAACUGUAAACAGUGGGUUUACAACCAUGUUACCCUUUACAAACAGCAAUAUUUUGUACUUCAAACAGCCACCUAUAUUUUGAACAUAUUUUUGUUACACUUGAGAAAUUAAUGUUUAUCCUGUAUUGUAAUAUUUUUAGAAAUAUUAAUUAUUUUUAAAUAGUGAUAUUCAAUUUAUAAUAAGAAACUAAAAGGCAGCUUGUUUUCAGAAAAUGAUAGUGUUACCCUUUUGCACUUCGUUUUCCUCACCAUUUUAUAAAUAUUUAUGGUAUGAUGUAAAUAUUAGAAAAUAGGAAAUUUUGAACUUUAUUACAAAAAGCAACAUGAAUUACCCCUGUUAAAGGGAACUACUGUUAUAUGGCAAAUCCUUUUAAUUUAAACCUUAUAACAUGGAUAUUUUUCAUUGUGACAAAACUGUGAGCAAUACUUUCACUAUGGCUGGCUGGCUGCAAAUUGUUAUGUGUUCUGCUAGUUUGGUUGCUGCUGGCUGUGUUAGGAAAAUACUGCUCUGAAUUAUUUGAUGUCUCCCAGCAGUUGCAGUGAGUAGUGUUUUGAUACAGCGAGUGCCAGGAUUCACGAGCCUGACAGCAGCCAUCCUGCCUCCCAGUGAGCAACUUGACUCCGGCUGACACCCUGGGACUCUGACUACUUAACCGAAGUUACUCUUUUAAUAUGCCGGUCUGGGUUUUGUGCCAUGCCACUGUUCUGGUCGAGUACAUUUCCAAAUCAAAUCCAAGCUGUAUUUGUGAACAUACAUGCAUUUUUUUUUUUUUCCUGGUGAAAAAUACCUAUUUGCUAGUUGGCAUAUUGCUGAAUUACUGUCCAAUGUUGAUAUUUUAGUUUGUAUUUUAAUAUUAAAUAAAUGUUUAAUUAGAUUCUUUCCUCCUGCUCAAGAACAAUAAUAGGUUCUGGGAUAUUACAUCAGUGAUAAUGUAGGGUUUAAUCACAUUGUGUGUUUCAAAUUCUGUCCUUGUUCAAGAUGUUUAACCACCAAUGAUGUGAUUAUAAGGCCAGAAUAGCUGUCAUAAAGGAAGCCUGUGAAGGUCUGAUUCUAAAAUUAGAGGGCUGUGUUUUAAGACAUUUGAUGAAGAACCGUCCUACCCAUGCACAGCCUUUUAAAAAAAUUGCAUUUCUUUGCAGCCACAAGAUAAAAGAUCAGAGUUGGGGAGAAGUCAAGGAUGUUAGUUACUCAUUUUCCCCUUUACUCCGAAAUGCAGAAAUUUGGCCUGAGUGCUUGGAGGUGACUUGCUCACCUGUACUUCCAGCUACAAGAGUAGAUGUACAAUUUUGAUGGUAUUCAAUCUUCUUACUUGUAAUUUUUACUCAGAAGGGAUUGAGGAAGGAAAAAAGGAUCUUGACUUCCUUGUGCAGCUCUACUAUUGAGAGUGUAUUUUAAGUUCUUAACUGAUGUGACUUAAAGUGUCCUUCAAAAGUAACAUUUUUCCAAGGAAUUCAUUACAAAGAGAUUUCAUGAGUCUACUAAUGGUCUUGUUUUCUUUCAUCAGCACUACAGUGAAAACAAACAGAAUUUUCCUGACAGGUGUUAGAAACAAGUAGGUAAAUCUGUUCAGCUGUUUCACUGCCUUUCCUUGUAACCUCCCUUUAUCUCCACUCUAUUCUUCCCAGUGCUAUUCAUAUUCAUGUACUUUUUUUAUUACAUCCAGAAAACAGAGUUGUGAGUCAGAAUUUAUUUUUUAAUCAAAAGUACUCUUCCAUCUGUUGGAGCUCUUCAGGCUAUUUCUGUGCUAUUAUAACACUGAAGGGGGGGGGAGUAAGUGUUGCUCUUGGUAAACUUCUAGGACAACCUUUUCAAAUAACUGUCUGGCUUGGGGUGACCUGUUCAGUAUGGUGCCUUCGGCCUGAUUCUUCAGAGGGGUAGAGAAGCUGCAGUUCCAGAUUAAAUCAGUGGGAGGCCUGGAUGCUCAAUGCUUCUGAAAAUCAGACCUGAAGCAUCAAA